CUGGAAUACUCGGUUCAUACAGUGAGCAUACUGCCGGCUUAGAUCCGGUUAUUGGUGGGCUUAGGCGUUGUGGGCCGGCGCCUUUUGUGGACACAGAUAAUAGAAGCAAACUUCGGUCCAUUUCCCCAACUUGUAUAACUGGUCUAUUGAAAAAUGCUGCGUGGGACUGCUCUUCAAAGCCCGGCUGUCGGGGAGCGGGCUAACGCUGGCCCUGCGCGCUGUGUGGCUCCUGUCGCUCGGUCAUUAAGGACUGUGGCACCUGCGCGUCUUCAGCGUGCUGAGUCGUCGGUCAAAGCCCCGCGUGCCGGCCCCGCGGCGAGCUACUCGGGCGAAUGGGACAAGCUGUCGGUGGAGGAAAUCGAUGAGUGGCAGGACCAGGGUCCUAAGACCCCCCUGCUGGAUACAGUGAAUUACCCUGUUCACAUCAAGAACUUCAACCUGGACCAGCUUAAGCAGCUUUGCAAGGAGCUGCGCAGCGAUAUUGUGCACACGGUCUCUCGCACCGGCGGGCACCUUAGCAGCAGCCUAGGUGUUGUAGAGCUUACUGUUGCUCUUCAUUAUGUGUUCAACACGCCCGAGGACAAAAUCAUUUGGGAUGUUGGUCAUCAGGCAUAUGGCCACAAAAUCCUUACGGGCCGUCGCAAGGGGAUGUCCACCAUCCGUCAGACGAACGGCUUGUCUGGGUUUACCAAGCGCGAGGAGAGCGAGUACGACCCGUUUGGCGCUGGUCACAGCUCAACGUCGAUUUCGGCUGCGCUGGGUAUGGCGGUUGGCCGUGACAUGAAGGGAAAGAAGAACAAUGUGAUCGCAAUCAUUGGUGACGGUGCCAUUACUGGAGGCAUGGCGUAUGAGGCCAUGAACCACGCUGGUUUCCUGGACAAGAACAUGAUCGUCAUCCUCAACGACAACCAACAGGUAUCGCUGCCGACGCAGUACAACAACAAGAACCAGGACCCGGUGGGCGGCCUCUCCAGCGCCCUCGCGCGCCUGCAGGCCAACCGCCCGCUGCGUGAGCUGCGCGAAAUCGCCAAGGGCAUGACCAAGCAGCUGCCCGACGUGGUGCAGAAGGCCACCGCCAAGAUCGACGAGUACGCUCGCGGCAUGAUCAGCGGCACCGGCUCCACGCUGUUCGAGGAGCUGGGGCUGUACUACAUCGGCCCGGUGGACGGACACAACAUGGACGACCUGGUGGCGGUGCUCAGCGAGGUGCGCAGCGCUGAGACGGUGGGCCCGGUGCUGGUGCACGUGGUGACUGAGAAGGGUCGCGGCUACCUGCCCGCGGAGACGGCGCAGGACAAGAUGCACGGCGUGGUGAAGUUCGACCCGCGCACCGGCAAGCAGCAGCAGGCCAAGACCAAGGCCAUGGCCUACACCAACUACUUUGCCGACGCGCUCACCGCGGAAGCCGACCGCGACAGCCGCAUCGUGGCGGUGCACGCGGCCAUGGCGGGCGGCACCGGGCUGUACCGCUUCGAGAAGCGCUUCCCCGACCGCGUGUUCGACGUUGGCAUUGCGGAGCAGCACGCGGUGACGUUUGCUGCGGGGCUGGCGACCGAGGGGCUGGUGCCCUUCUGCACCGUCUACUCGAGCUUCCUGCAGCGCGGGUAUGACCAGAUUGUGCACGACGUGUCGCUGCAGAAGCUGCCGGUCCGUUUCGCCAUGGACCGCGCGGGCCUGGUGGGCGCCGACGGCGCCACCCACUGCGGCGCCUUCGACGUCACCUUCAUGGCCUCGCUGCCGCACAUGGUCUGCAUGGCGCCCUCCAACGAGGCGGAGCUCAUCAACAUGGUGGCCACCGCGGCGGCCAUUGACGACGCGCCCUCCUGCUUCCGCUUCCCGCGCGGCAACGGGCUUGGGUUGGACCUGUCGCAGUACGGCAUUGGGAAGGACCUGAAGGGCACGCCGCUGGAGGUCGGCAAGGGUGUUGUUCGCCGCGCCGGCAAGGACGUCUGCCUGCUGGCGUACGGCAGCAGCGCCAACGAGGCGCUGGCAGCCGCCGAGCUGCUGGAGCGGGACGGCGUGAGCGCCACCGUGAUCGACGCGCGCUUCUGCAAGCCGCUGGACACGGCGCUGGUGCGGGCGGCGGCGCGGGAGCACCCGGUGCUGAUCAGCAUCGAGGAGGGCUCCAUUGGCGGCUUCGCGUCGCAUGUGAUGCAGUUCCUGGCGCUGGAGGGCCUGCUCGACGGCGGGCUCAAGUUCCGCCCCAUGACGCUGCCCGACCGCUACAUCGAGCACGGCGACUACCGCGACCAGCUGGCCAUGGCAGGCCUCACAUCGCAGCACAUCGCCUCCACCGCGCUCGCAACGCUGGGGCGGGCCAAGGACGCGGCCAAGUUCUCGCUGUCCGCGCUGUCGCCCCAGUUGUAAGAGUAAGGAGGAAUGCUGUGGAAGGGUGCAGUGAUAGGGCUCGGCAACGUUGAGGAGUGCAGCAGGCUGUGGAGUUUGCUGUUUGGUGCCGUUGCGGGCGCUGGUGGUGAGAAGGGAAAGGCGUGCACAGGGUGAAAGGAUGCCGCCGGUGCGGGGUUCUCCGGGGGUGUGGUACUCCUAGGCGGAGGCUUCUGCUGGCCGGCCGCUACAGUUUAUGUCGCCGCUGUAGUGUCGUGAGGCGCGUUGGAGGUUUUGAGGAGGUGAGCUCAUAACGAUGGAGCCGUUGGUGUUAGGUGCGUUGUUGUUCUAACACAUGCGGUGUCGCGUUGGGUUGCGUCCCUGCAUGGGUGCGCACAUUUGUCCAAGGAGGAAGGGAGCAAGGAGGGUUUGGAGGAAGCGGAAAGCAGCAGCGGAAAAGCAACAACACCUUGGUGCUGGAGCCGCCGGGUAGGCUGCCAGGCGAGAGGUGAUACAAGUGACAGCAGCAGCAGCAGCGGUGUGUUUUCCGAAAGGUGUGCGGGUGCGUGUGUUCGUGAUGAUGUGCGUUGUUGCUUAUGGGUGUUGUUGUGUUGACAUGUGUACAUAGGCCGCGUUUGGGGAAGGGUGCUCCUUGUCGUGGCCGCUCCUCUCCGCUCGGCUAAGGAUUCGCCGUUGCUGCGCAAGGAGGUAGGCCCGAAUAGCUCGGGGCGCGCCAUCUAAGCAGAAGUUGAAUCGAAAACAUGACUAAUUUUGCUGCUGACGUCGGUAUUAGUGAACUGGCGGCUAUGCGCAUUCUGGCAUGUUGGCAGCCUGCGUGGUCCUGGCGCUAAUAGCGUGUGGAGGUUACAUGUUGUGUCUUUGGGAAGGGGGUUGGAUCCGUGACACGCAGGCGGCAGAGC